AUGUCCAACCAAACCGCAAAAGACAAUGGAGAGGAGGGUGAUAUGAGAGUAUUGGACGCAGACUCUUGUAUGCCGAUAGCCAUCGUGGGAAUCGGAUUCCGUGGACCAGGAGAUGCUCAAAAUGUCGAGAAGCUGGAGGAGAUGAUACGGACUGGCAGAGAAGCAUGGAGCCCAAUCCCAGCGAAAAGAUGGAACAACACUGCGUUCUACCAUCCGGAUCAUUCUAGACAUGGGACGAUCAACGUGGAGGGAGGUCAUUUUCUGGAAGAAGACAUCUCCGUUUUUGAUGCGCCGUUCUUCAAUAUGACGAGUGACGAAGCGUCGGUGAUGGAUCCCCAGCAGAGACUCCUGCUAGAAGCGACAUACGAGGGCUUGGAAAAUGCUGGAAUACCCCUUACCCAAAUAAUGGGCACAAAAACAUCCUGCUUCGUCGGGUCUUUUUCAGCAGAUUACACAGACCUCCUCCUGAGAGAUCCCGAAUGUGUACCGAUGUAUCAGUGCACAAAUGCCGGACAGUCUAGGGCAAUGACUGCCAACAGACUAUCCUAUUUCUUCGACUUGAAAGGACCAAGUGUCACCGUAGACACGGCCUGCUCGGGAAGUCUGGUAGCACUCCAUCUGGCAUGCCAGAGCUUGCAAACAGGGGAUGCCUGUGCAGCCAUUGCGGCGGGUGUCAAUUUGAUAUUGAGUCAUGAGUUCAUGUCCACUAUGAGUAUGAUGAAAUUCCUAUCGCCCGAUGGAAAAUGUUAUGCCUUCGAUGAAAGGGCGAAUGGAUACGCCCGCGGCGAGGCUGUUGGUUGUUUAAUCCUCAAGCCUCUGGCUAGCGCGUUACGCGACAAAAACACUAUUAGAGCUGUGAUCAGGGGGACUGGAUCUAACCAGGACGGGCGUACCCCUGGUAUAACUCUCCCCAGUGGAGCUGCACAGGAGUCAUUAAUUCGAAGCGUGUAUGCUCGAGCCGGCCUUGAUCCGUCCGAGACAGACUUUGUUGAGGCACAUGGUACAGGUACACAAGCUGGUGAUCCCAUUGAAACCGGUGCCAUUGGCCGGGUGUUUGGGCCUGGUCAUUCUUCGGAUGAUCCGUUGCGGAUAGGCUCGAUUAAAACCAAUGUUGGGCAUUUAGAGGGAGCAAGUGGGAUUGCUGGUGUGAUCAAAGGAGUUUUGAUGCUUGAGAAUCGGGUUUUCUUGCCGAAUCGCAAUUUUGAGAUUGUCAAUUCGCGUAUUCCUUUGGAGGAUUGGAAAUUGAAGGUUCAAUUACUCUCUGAGCCGUGGGAGACUACUGGACCGCAUCGUGUUUCGGUCAAUAGCUUUGGGUAUGGAGGGAGUAAUGCUCAUGUCAUUCUUGAAGAUGCCAUGGGAUACCUAUCCAUUCGGGGUCUCAAUAACAGAAUGAAGUUGUCAUUGGCGGCAUCGAACGGCACGCAAGGAAAAGAGAAUCUCGAUCAGUCGGUCAGCACAUCGCGUAUAUUCAUACUCUCCGGCUUUGACGAGCAAUGUUGCGCACAGCAGAUGCAAAGUUUGAGAAAUUACAUUCUUGACCGAGGCCCUAGACCCGACAAUGGAAACUUACUGAAUGAUCUUGCUUUCACACUCAACGAGCGGCGUUCAACUUUCACCUGGAAAGUGGCUAUAGUAGCCACCACAAUUGAAGACCUAGCAACAUCGCUUGCUCGAAAUAUCAAAUGCAGAAGUGCCGUGCGAAGACCCAAAUUGGGAUUUGUCUUCACAGGCCAAGGUGCCCAAUGGGCGGGGAUGGGGAAGGAGUUACUCGAAGCAUAUCCGGUCUUUCGCAACUCAGUCCUGGCGAUCGACACAUAUUUGGAUGGCAUUGGAGCACCGUCCCUCGUAAAAGGAGAGAUUACAAAAUGCCCCCAAGACUCGGAUUUGAAUCACCCCCGCCUCAGCCAGAUGGUGUGCACAGCACUCCAGAUAGCACUUGUUGAUCUACUGCAUUCAUGGGGUAUAUAUCCAGACUCUGUGACGGGUCAUUCCAGUGGCGAAAUCGCUGCAGCGUAUGCUGUUGGAGCGCUCAGUAUGGAAAAUGCGAUGUCAGUUGCAUACCACCGAGGUGUUGUGGCGAGCCAGGUGUUGGAUGACCAUAAAACACGAGGUGCCAUGAUGGCGGUGGGUGUAUCUGCCAAAGAAAUUCAUCAAUAUAUUGAUAGACUUCCUUGUGGACAGCUCGUUGUGGCAUGUGUCAACAGUCCAUCUAGUGUUACUGUCUCCGGUGACACCCUUGCCAUUGCUGCUCUGGCGCAGCUAUUGAGAAACGAGCCAGUAUUCAGCCGCAGCCUUGCUGUGGAUGUCGCUUAUCACUCUCCACAUAUGACCCUUGUUGCUGAUGAGUAUCGUCGUUUGAUCGAUUACAUUGAACCUCAGAACCAAAACCAAGCAGAAGACGAGAGACAACACAGAUCAGCAGCAUUCUUUUCGUCGGUUACUGGAGCAGUCCUUUCGCAAGAAGAGCUGGGCGCUGAGUACUGGGUCUCAAAUCUGCUUGGACAAGUGAAGUUUUCCGAGUCUGUCAGAAACUUGUGCUUCGAGACAAACACGCAGCGGUCUGGCCACACUGAAUCGGUACGAACCAGAAGGGUUGGAGCAGCGCAAAAAGCCAACGUCGACUGUCUCAUCGAAAUAGGUCCCCAUUCUGCCCUUGCUGGACCGAUCAAUCAAAUCCUACAAGCAGAUACAAAGCUUAACUCCGCCGAUAUUGUGUAUGCGAGUGUUUUGAAACGACAGAACAACGCGGUCGCAACUGCACUUGACAUGGCUGCCACCCUGGCAUCGCUCAACUAUCCGGUGAACUUCGGUGCGAUAAACAGCCCAGAAGGACCUGGAGGAACCUGUAUGCCACAGCUGCUAGUCGAUCUCCCGCCGUAUCCUUGGAAUCAUACCAGAUCGUAUUGGGCUGAGCCACGACUCAGCAAGAUGUACAGGAACAGGAAAUUGCCUCGAAAUGAUCUUCUUGGCGUACCGGAUAAUAUGUCUUGCCCAUAUGAGCCUCGUUGGAGAAAUUUUCUUCGGACUUCAGAGCUUCCGUGGCUUCUUGACCACAAAAUCCAGGGAAAUGUUGUCUUCCCCGCGGCAGGAUAUUUGGCAAUUGCAAUUGAAGCUUUAAUGCAGCGCGUGAAUAGCGGAGUCAAUAUUGCCGAAUAUGUUCUCCAAGACGUUUUGUUCAAGUCUGUUCUGGUUCUCAAUGAGACAUCGGCCAUUGAACUUAUGGUCUCCAUCCGGGAAUCAACGCACAUGCCACAUGAGUUAUACGAAUUCCACAUCUACUCAAUCUCGGAAGAUAACCGAUGGACCGACCAUUGCACUGGGCUGGUCGGCUCACAAAGAAGAAUCGAUGUUUCAGCCGACGGGGCCGAGGAAACAGACAACUAUGCCAUGGUACCAUUAGGCACCGAGGUCCAUGGAAUAUCUCUGAUCGACAUUCCAAACUUCUACGAAGAGCUUCAUGAAAUAGGGCUAGAGUACGGACCAUGCUUCGCCAAUCUGACAAAGGCACAUGUCACCCAAGAGGGGGCUUGCUUUGCAGAGGUCACAGUGCCAGACACCAGAUCGGUAAUGCCGCGCGCAUUCCAGUAUGAUCUUCUAAUCCAUCCCUGCACGCUCGACAGCAUAUUCCAUACUGUCUUUGCUGCUUUACCACCUGGCAUGGAUAUCCAAGAAGGUCCCGCUAUCCCCAUCUCCAUCGAGGAGAUGAUCGUGUCAACUGGAAUCAGUUCUUCGGCAGGCGAUAUCAUGAGCGUUUGUACUCAUGUAAGACAGGGACCUAAAAGGGGUGUGAUGGCAUCUAUAGUGGUGGUUGACUGCAAUGACAAACAGUCCGAAAUAGAACCCAGCAUCUCCAUCCGUGGCUUGCAAUGUACACGGCUCGAGCGCGACAAAGAUACUUCCCUUGCCAAAGAGAAUCAAAGCACUUAUCACAUUAAGUGGAAGGCCGAUCCGUAUUUCCUUUGCAAAGACAAUGCAUCUUUCUUAUUUAAGCAGGAAAGCGAGCCAGCCCAGGAGCCUGCAUCUCAAGUUGAAUUUGAGGAAUGUGCGGUGGCGUUCAUAAGGACUGCGCUAGAAGAAGUCAGUGCCAUGGAAGCAAGGAAACUAGAUACUUCUCACCGCAGAUUCCGAUGUCAUUUGCAGGACGUUCUGGAUAAAUACGAUAAAGAACACCCUGAUUCAAUAUCUGGGUUGAAAGGAAUGAAGCCCAACCCGACAGGAGAUCUGCUGCGCGCCAUCGGCGAGAACCUCGUGGCUAUCAUCAGAGGCCAGGUGGAUUUCACCGACGUUAUCACAGAUCAUCAACUAUUGGAUACAUUUUGGGAUAUUUUCUCGGCAGAUUCCUCAUACAAAGCCACAGCCCGGUAUCUGAAUUUGGUCGGCCACAAGAAACCAGACAUUUCGAUCCUGGAGUUUGGAGUUGGGACAGGACAAGUGGCCCAAUUAUUUCUCGGACAACUUGCACAUUCCACCCAGUCCCCUCGUUGUGGAAAAUACACAUUUGCCCAUGAAAGUUCCCUCGUUCUGGAGCAUACCGCGAAGCGGCUGGAGGCAUGGUCAGGAUUGGUUGACUGCAAGUCGCUAGAUCCCGGAAAAGAUCUCCCCACGCAGGCAUUUGAGAAGGGAUCUUUUGAUAUAGUCAUACUACCUCAUGGCUUGUGCACCGCACAAUGUGAGCAAAAUGCGAUUCGCAAGAUUUAUGACCUUCUUAGGCCAUCCGGGUCAUUGAUUGCAAUCAGCCCUUUCAAUCCAAAGCAGAAUAUUGUCAAAAACCUUCUGUUCAGUGCAUUGCAUUGUUUGUCCGCAGAGGAAUUUUGCUUGGGUCAAGGUGGUUGGUCAGAGUGUCAAUGGGACGAGAUACUGCGUGCUGCACACUUUACCGCAGUUGAUGUUUUCGCAGACCCAGAUUGCGAGAAAAACCAUCAAUUUAUCGUCGCCCGAAGGGGGAAGAUGGAAAUAUUGACAGCGAAGGUUUCAAUCAUCUGCGAAGGCGAAGCUGGGAUUGCCGUUGGAGAUUUAGUCACCCGACUGGAAAUUCUUGCCUGUGAAGUGAAUGUGCGAAGUAUAGACGAUGUGGAAACAGAAGAUCGAAUCUGUUUGGUGCUGGAUGCCCAGCAAGGAUCUUUGCUGGCCGCCCCAAAUGAUAUCACACUAGGCAAAAUAAAAGCAGUAUUCAUGCAUAGCGCAGGUGCUCUCUGGAUUACCAGAGGUGGCACAGUUGAGUCAGUCAACCCGAAUGCGAGCCUUGCUGUGGGCUUUGCACGAACAGCGCGUGCCGAAUCCGGGGUCAAUCCAAUUGUCACCCUUGAUCUGGAUGCACAAAAUCCUCUCUCCGAAUCUCAUUCUGCAGAGCUGAUUGCAAACCUCCUGGCCGCCCGCUUCCUUUGUCAAAGCCCGAAUGACGACACAGAGUUUGCGGAAAGAAAUGGAAUAAUCCUGAUUCCACGUGUGUUGGAAGACUCAGAUACGAACACAGCCAUGCUCAGUUUCCUUGCCACUGAGACUGUUACUGAGGAGUAUUUCCACCAGGCGGAGCAGCCUCUACGUCUAUCGAGAUCAUUCAAAGAACCUCGCUUUAUUGGGGACUGCGCAUUGUCAGAACUUCCAGUUGGGUACGUUGGAAUCACAGUACAAGCCUUUGGCCUCAGUGAGCAAGACCUGCAGAGACACACCCACUCGGAUGACACUCUUGGCCUCGAAUGCAGCGGGGUCGUCUACAACGUCGGUGUCGGGGUUCGUGGCAUCUCAAUUGGAGACCGUGUGGCGUGUCUUGGAACUGGCACAGCCCGGAGUUUCUAUCAUGAUCGAGCAGCGGCAUUCCAGAAGAUCGGCGAUAAAAUGUCAUUUGAGCUUGCUUCAACAUUGCCUGUCGCAUACUCGACUGCAUAUUAUAUCGAUAACUACCAUUUGUCGCAUCUUCAAUUGAACGACGUUGUCCUCGUGCACCGCGCUGGCUGCUGGUGUGGACAGGCGAUUGUGGAAUUGUACAAAAUGAGAGGCGCCCAGGUCUUUGCGACAGUCCAGGAUUCGACGGAAAAGCUUUUGUUGUCAUGCCAAUUUGGAAUUCCUACCCACCAUAUCUUCAUAGACGGACAAAAUGAUGUCGUGAAGAGUUUGAGGAGGUUAACUGACGGCAAGAGGCCAAAUCUAGUAGUGAGCCUGGGGACCGAUGACGAACAACUCCAAAGUUUGACCGCGCCUUUUGGCCACUUUAUCCGACUUUUCUCUGACAAACCCAGAACUCAAGAAGUCUUGCGUUCUCGCAAUAUAUCGGUGUCAACAUUUAACAUUUUUGAUCUCAGGAAGGAAAAGAGAGACCUUGCAGACCACAUUUGGUCUAAGGUCUUUCGACUAUUCCGGGAAGGACGACUCGAAGGCCCGUCGGGGACAGCGGUAUACAACGUCUCAUACAUUCAACAGGCCAUAGAAGAAAUACCUACCAAGCGGCAUGUUGUCGUUACUGCUGCACCAGAUGACCUUGUCAUGGCCACACUCCCCAAACCACCACAAUCAUUGUUCCGUGCGACUGCAUCCUAUCUUCUAGUCGGAGGACUUGGUGGGAUCGGACGUGAGGUGGCUUUAUGGAUGGCCCAAAACGGUGCGAAGAGUCUGGUCUUCCUUAAUCGAAGUGGCCUGUCAAAGGAGAAGUCCCAGACAACAGUAAGGGAACUGGAGAAGAAAGGUGUCCAGGUUAUGGUUCAGGUUUGUAACAUAUCCAAUGAGAUUGAAGUUCGGCAAAUGAUUGUGGAUGUUUCCCACUGUGCGCCUCCGAUUCGAGGUAUUAUCCAAGGGGCUAUGGUUGUUAAGGACGUUCAUAUUGAGAAUAUGAGCCUGGAUGAUUAUCGAGAGGUUAUGGGUCCCAAAUAUGCAGGGACCUGGAAUCUGCACCGACAUUUGCCCAAAGACCUCGACUUCUUCCUCAUGCUUUCUUCCAUCAGCGGCGUCAUUGGCAAUGCGACUCAAGCUGCAUAUGCUGCUGGUUGUUCCUUCCAGGAUUCGUUUGCCGCAUAUCGGACCAGCCUGGGCCUUCCAGCAGUAUCAUUAGAUCUCGGCACCAUCACAGAUGUUGGUUAUCUGGCAGAAAACACAGAUUUAGCAGCGACGAUGAAAAAGCAAGGAUUCCACGGCACGGACACACAAACCCUUCUUCGCGAUAUCACAACCCCCGCCGGAAGAACACAGAUUGUAGCCGGCCUUGGCCAAUGGAGAGAGGAAAAAUCACUGGCAAAUUUUAGUACACUUUUGUUCUCUCAUUUCCGCCGCAAAUUUCACAAUCAUGGAAGAACUGCCAUACUAGGUGAUUCGGCUGAAGGUUUGAAGGCGGAGCUUGAAGAAGCCAAAAACCUAGAACAAGCCACAUCCGUCAUCUGUGAAGCAUUGAGGCGGAAGAUUGCUCUUCAUCUCUCUGUGCCAGUAGAGAACAUCGAUCCCUCCCAUCCAGUUUCUGAUUAUGGCGUUGAUUCUCAUGUUGCGGUUGAGCUACGCAACUGGAUGUCCAGAGUCCUGGACUGUACUGUUCCCAUCCUGCAGAUUAUAGCAAGCUCGAUCCUGGAUCUGUCCAGCAAAAUUGCUAGUCAAAAGUUGGGUGACAGAAAAGAAUGA